AUGGACCCAACCCUCGAUCCCCCGCUCCCACCACCCCCGCGUCGCAUCCACCACCGCGCCUCGCCAACCCGCCGCCACCACCAAAACAACAACCAUCACCACCACUACCGCCUCACUCUCACCGCCCGCUCCCGCGGCGAUGACCGCUCCAGCCAACCCUCCAGCGACCCCGCCUUCUUCUCCAGCGACGAUGUCCCCGGCUCCGGCGGGCUGGAGAACUACACCGGCUCUGCUGCUGCUGCUGCUGCUGCUGCUGCGGCAGCAACGGGGGGUGCUAGCCACGCAACCGCCACCACACACCAGCAUUCUCAUCACCCUUCGGGAUCUGGGUCCUUGGUGGGGAGUCGGAAGCGCCGGUAUCGCGGGACCUGGUGGGGGGAGAAGAUGUUGUCGUCGGGCGGGCAUCAGCCUUUAGGGAAUGAGGGGCCCAAGCGCAAUAAGAGGGUGGACUUCAGGGAGAAGAGGUUGGUGGAUAGCGGAGUGUGGAUGGGGAGUGAUGAUUCCGCGGCGGGAGGGUUUUUGGGCUCCGAUGCGUCGUGGGGGGAGGAGGUUUGGGGGCAUUCGCACGGUCAGGGUCAGAGAGCUACCGUGUUAGGAGGGCUGAGGCGCGGAAUCGAGGAAGAGCCCCGCGAGCAUCAGAUCGCGCGGGCGAUUGUGAACGACUGUCUGGAGAGGGGGGAUGAUAGCGUGGACUUGAGCGGCGGAAACCUCCGCAGCAUCCCAUCCGGCCUGCUGCGUCCGCUGCAGCACCUCACCAAACUCCCCGCCAUCACGGAACCCCCCGUCACGGAAGACGUGUACACCUCGCUCGAGCCGUUCCUGCGCCUGUUCCUCGCGGGGAACGCCCUGCCCACGCUGUCCGGCGAGCUCUUCGAGCUGGACACGCUGCGCGUGCUGAGCCUGCGCAACAACAAGCUCACCGCGAUCCCGCCCGCGAUCCGCCGCCUGACCAUGCUGCAGGAGGUCAACCUCUCCGUGAACCGGCUGCGCACCCUCCCCUGGGAGCUGCUGUGGCUGAUCCGCAAAGGCGACCUGAAGCAUCUCACCGUGCGCCCGAACCCGCUCCUGCAGAUCGAUGACGGGGACCAGGACGAGGCGGCGGCGGUCGUGGCGGAGUGGCACGUCCCCCGCGAGCGGCGGUCGUGCGUCUACGACGGCCCCGCGCCCGAGGAAGCCUGGGCCCCCGUGCACGUCGCCACGGGGCCCGUCCGUCGCUACAACGCCGAAGGCGUGCUGCUGCCGGUCGAGCAGCAGCAGCAGCAGCAGCAGCCGCCGCCGACGGCAAUGGAGCUCGAUCCCGACGCCGACGCUACCCCCCAAGACGUGAUGCCGCCUCCGGCCGCCUCGCGCGUCCCCUCCCUCCGCGAAUGCGCCCUCCUCUCGCUCGCCCGCUCCCCGGCCUUCGAUCUCCUCCACGACGCGGAGCUGGCCGGCUACCCGGCCUUGAUGCUGCGGCUGCUGCGCGACGCAAGGGAGGUGCGCGCCGCCGGCGGCCGCAGCUGCUCCGUGUGUCACCGCGGGUUCGUACUCGCGCGCACCGAGUGGAUCGAGUGGUGGGACUGCAGCACGUAUGAGAACGGGUUGAAGGGCCCGCGGCCGUCCGGGGAGAGUCUGCGGCCCUUGCCGUUCCGAAGGCUGGGGUGCAGUUGGGGGUGUGUGCCGGGUGCUGAGGUUUGA